UCCCCAAAAGUGGCCAUGGGCCCAGGACGGUCUGCCUGGCAACUUAGCCAAGUGGCUUCUGUUCCGACGUCACCUUCCUCAUCUCCCAGAUGGGGUGACCGUGCUUGUUCCUUCUCAUGUGGGAAGCUCUUCGUGGGCGGCCUUGACUGGAGCACCACCCAAGAGACUCUACGCAGCUACUUUUCCCAGUAUGGAGAAGUUGUAGAUUGUGUGAUCAUGAAAGAUAAAACCACCAACCAGUCUCGAGGCUUUGGGUUUGUCAAAUUUAAAGACCCAAACUGUGUGGGGACGGUGCUGGCCAGCAGACCACACACACUGGACGGCCGGAACAUCGACCCAAAGCCAUGCACACCUCGGGGAAUGCAGCCAGAGAGGACGCGGCCGAAGGAGGGAUGGCAGAAAGGACCCAGGAGCGAUAACAGUAAAUCAAAUAAGAUAUUUGUCGGUGGGAUCCCUCACAAUUGCGGUGAGACAGAGCUCAGGGAAUACUUCAAGAAAUUCGGAGUGGUCACAGAAGUGGUCAUGAUCUACGACGCAGAGAAACAGAGGCCUCGAGGUUUUGGAUUUAUUACUUUCGAGGACGAACAAUCAGUGGACCAGGCUGUCAACAUGCAUUUUCACGACAUCAUGGGCAAAAAAGUGGAAGUUAAGCGGGCCGAGCCGCGGGACAGCAAAAGCCAAGCGCCGGGGCAGCCAGGUGCCAGCCAGUGGGGCAGCCGGGUCGUGCCCAAUGCUGCCAACGGCUGGGCAGGCCAGCCCCCACCCACGUGGCAGCAAGGAUACGGCCCACAAGGAAUGUGGGUGCCAGCAGGCCAGGCAAUCGGUGGCUAUGGGCCGCCGCCUGCGGGAAGAGGAGCCCCCCCGCCGCCCCCGCCCUUCACCUCUUACAUCGUGUCCACCCCUCCCGGAGGGUUCCCCCCUCCGCAGGGCUUCCCACAGGGCUACGGCGCCCCUCCGCAGUUCAGUUUCGGCUACGGGCCCCCGCCUCCACCACCAGAUCAGUUCGCCCCGCCCGGGGUCCCUCCGCCGCCUGCGACUCCAGGGGCAGCCCCGCUGGCCUUCCCACCGCCCCCGUCUCAGGCCGCCCCCGACAUGAGCAAGCCCCCAGCGGCCCAGCCGGACUUCCCCUACAGCCAGUACGGCUACGGACAGGACCUGGCCGGCUUCGGACAGGGCUUCUCGGACCCCAGCCAGCAGCCCCCCUCGUACGGAGGCCCCUCGGUGCCGGGCUCGGGGGGCCCCCCCGCCGGCGGAAGCGGCUUUGGACGGGGCCAGAACCACAACGUACAAGGAUUCCACCCGUACCGACGCUAGCGGGCCGGCGCCCUGCGGACGUCGGGGCGGCCGGGGCCCAGGAUUUAGAACUUGUGAACUCGUGACAAUCACAAACUUGGCAGAAAAAUCGCGGCUCACCGUGGGGGGAGGGGGCGAGAGGCUUCCGCAGGCGGCUGUGGUGUCUGGACGGAAGUUUUUAAACAUAUUUCUUUCUCUAACCCAUCAGCACAAUAAAAAAAAAAAGUCACUGGUUCAACAACA